UAGUCCAAGAGAGAAUUUACACCUUACCAGUAUUCAUCAUCCUCAUCAUCAUCAUCAUCAUCAGCAGCAGCAACAUCUCCGCAUUUGAAUCCAAAUGUCCUUUCCUUGACCUCGGAUGACUUCAGCAGGUCGGUCACCUUGGUCGACUACAUUCCAUGUGAACAUGCACACACACGACAAAACCAUAAUAGUCCUCAAGAGAAAGAAAAAUACUUUCACUUUCAUAUGGAUCGCACCUGCGGGCGAUGGCUGACCAAGGAAUAUCAACUCCCAGUGUAAUAGGACUAGUCACUAUAUUCUGUUGCAUUUAUGGCGGACAAUUCGUCAAUGCAGCUGGACCGUCCACCACCCGUUAUGUCAUCACAAACGGCAAUGUCAUUCUCAACCCUGGGAUCCGUGGUGGAGUUUUACAGGAUAUCCUGUGGAAACAUGGUGUAAACAAGGCGGUGGAAUGGAGCACUGGUGGGAUACAGGAAUUUCGUGAUUUUAAAGGGAGGACAUCCUUGAACACCACGACUGGAGAAAUCACUAUCAGACAGCUGACCAAGCAGCUCAGUGGGGUGUAUGAGGCAGAGUGUAUGAUUGGUCACAAAAUACAGACCUUUCAGCAGAGAGUGGAAGUCAUUGACACAGUAUCACAACCUGAAGUCACCUGUGAAUUGAACGGUACCGUGGCAACAAUUCACUGCAGUGCUGAGGGUCCACUGGUGGAGUAUCGCUGGUCUUGGCCUGACCACCAGGGGGAGAUGUGGAGCCAGGAGCAGAAUGGACAGCACUACAACAUCAAAUCCCCAGAGUCAGUCAGCUACACCUGUGAGGCCAGGAACCCAGUCAGUGAGAAGACACUGACCUACAGCAGCAAUGACUGUCUGGCUACAGGUAAUCCUGAGAUCUACAUCUACACUGGUAUUUGUGCAGGUGUCUUGUUGGUUGCUGUUGUGGUUGCUGUUGUGGUCUGGCUCGUCAAGAAGCGUUCCAAUGAUUUGCGGAGCACAGGAUAUGCCAGCCAUCUUGAAGAGGGUCGAGAGAAGGCGGUGGCAAUCAGCCAGGCAGAGAUUGUGGAAGAGGAGAAUAAGCUAUUACUAGAUGAAGAACUAAAGGACAGGGUCAAUCAGAUCAACCAGACCAGUGAGGCUGUGAAAACUGGAGAUGGUGAGGGAGAGAAGAAACCAUUACUAGACAAGGCAGGAUCCACUGAUACAGAUGUUAUUGUGAGUAAUAUCCCGUUGAAACUGAACAACCAGAAUCUGGGUUGGGGUCGGGAGUCCGGAAAGAGACAGAGGGAAGAAAAAGAGCAGAACACAGAAUCCAAACAGAACAUGAACGUUACCUUGGGGACUGUUACCCAAGAUUCUGUCCAAACUGCUCCUCCAAAACCACCUCGGAGCAGCCUUAACUAUAAUUCACCGUACCCACAGACUCUGGAGACACAGCACAGCAGAGAGCAUCAUGGGAGAGGAACUGACCAAAGCAUGGCUGGUUAUGGCACAGAGAGAGAGGGAGCGGGAGAUGGACAGCUUAUGCCCCAGAAAGUCCUAAUCUUAGACACAGAGGAGGAGAGUGGAGGAAAGGAGGAAGGGACAAGAGAGGACGGAGAAGAUGUUGAGAAAGAGAAGGUAGGAGGAGAUGAUUCAGUGACAGAGGAGGGAGAGGGGCAAGAAGAUACAGAUAGGAGAGAUGAUGGAGGAGAAAUAAAUGGACAGGAGAGAGAGACUGAAAAUAAUGAAGAAGAGCAGGUGAAAGGAGAGGGAGAAGAAAGAGGGAAGAAAGGAGAAGAGAAGAGAGAGAAGAGAAAGAGCCCAACUUCUCCCAAACAAACACUCCCCCAAAAAGCCCCCCCACCACCUCUCGCCCCAAAACCAUCAUCUAUAAGACAUGUUAACCAGAUGGGUGUAGAACAAGGAAGCGUAGUGAAGACAAUGGAAACCCAGAGGAGCAGUGGUCAGGUAGACAGAGAGAGAGGAACACCUGACCUAUCAGGUCAGAGGAGACCCAAUAACUCAGUGUCAGACAGUACAGACACUCCUGAUAGAAGCAGUCCAGGAUUGUCAGCUCUUCCUAUAGUCACAGCAUUUAGUCCAAAGGUGGGCAGUGGUACUCUAUCCAAUCCAGUAAAGGCCAGUUCAGGUGCACCCUCCAGAUCAGGAGACACCAGUUCAGGUGCACCGUCCAGACCAGGAGACACCAGUUCAGGUGCACCCUCUGGACCAGGAGACACCAGUUCAGGUGCACCCUCUGGACCAGGAGACACCAGUUCAGGUGCACCCUCUGGACCAGGAGACACCAGUUCAGGUGCACCCUCUGGACCAGGAGACACCAGUUCAGGUGCACCCUCCGGACCAGGAGACACCAAUUCAGGUGCACCCUCCAGACCAGGAGACACCGGUUCAGAUACAACUAGUACAGCAAUAGAGAGUAGCUCAGAUACUCUGUCUACGACAGAGGAAAAUGUACCAACAGAGACCAGUACAGCUACAGCCUCUGUACCAGGAGAAACCAGUUGAAAAGCACUUGUUGAAAAAGUUUGUUAAACAAAAAUGUUAGGCUCUGUACGGGGAUGCUUUGUUUCUCUUAUAUUUAGACAAUUCUUUUCAAGGGUAUUUAAAACCAAAUACCUUUUAGACUUUUAUUUUUGUCAUUUUCUAUUAAAGUAUCUUUACUUUUAGUCAAGUAUGACUUUUGGGUACUUUUUCACCACUGUAUUAUAGCACAUCAACAUAAUGUAUUGUGUUGGUACAGUAUACAGUACGUUUUUUAUACCAACAUACAUUUUGUAUUUUUAGGUGCAUUUGAUGAAGAAAAACAUUUCAUUAAGAGCUUACUUGAUCCUUUACAUGGUGUGAGAGCUGAUAAUUUGCUAACAAGACAUAUUUCAAAUGUUAAUAUUAAAAAAAGGGUUGUGAGAAAAAGUU